CAGCUGGCUGACAGGAGAACGCAUCAUCAGCCCAUCAUCAAACGCUCAUAUGAGUACCAGAUGUAGCUUUAUUAUUAAAUUUCAAACAAGAGGCCCAAUAAAUUCAUCCCAGUGGCCACAAAUGGCCCCCGCACCACAGUUUGGACACCCACUAGAGCACAUUUUCAAACAUUCAAUUCAAACUCUUAACUAUCCUAUCAGAAGCUCACAAAGCCAUGACAUCAUCACCGUCUGAUGCUGAAGAAGGGGAGUAACGGCCGGACGGACAGUCGCACACAUCUGGGCCGACGCACCUGCCGCCGUUCAUGCACACGGGGUCACACACACCUGGCGGACAGCAGACAGAUUAUCCAGGAGAGCUGAAUACCGGAUUAGAAAAUGUCGGCAGCCUUCAGAAAGUCUUCACUGAGUCAGCAGAGAGAAGAUUUUCUACCUCCUGGUUCGACUUCAGCGUCCAGAGAAACGUCCGUGAGGGGAAGGAGCGCGGCGUUGUUCCCUCCUGACUGCUACCAGAUGUCCCACAUCCUCGUUUUACUGCAGGAACAAGAGCGAGCGGCAUGUCAGCUGCUGGGGAGCCUGCAAACAUCUUGCAGCCACAUUGUUCCUUCAGUCUGAGCCACAACAUGGACGCGAAAUAAGAUGAAUGCAGCAGGAUUCAGGCAUGUUCUACCAUUUUCUAGCCCGAGAACUGACGUUGAAGUUUGGAUGUGAUGGUGAGCCAGACCGAUGGACGACACACUGAAGAUCCCUGCUGGUUGACUGGCCAACUGCUUCAGGGAACUUCUGUGAACUCCUCUUUGAAAUCUCUGGAUUUUCCUGCAAAGGAAUCGGACAAACACUCUUACCUACCCGAGUUUUCUGCUUCCUCACCAAUGGACGACCUUUUUGACCUAAGUCCCACAGCGGCGGUGACACGAGUGUCCGCCUUGCUGGGCUGCAGUCCAACCUCAGAGAAAGUAGCCGAUUAUUUUGACAAACACGACAAACUGCGGCACCUCAGAGAAAACUUCCUGGUGCCCAGAAUCGCAGAUUUGCCUCCCACUGAUCUUUCUCUGGUGGACGGGAGCCAAGAAUGCAUCUACCUGUGUGGAAACUCGUUGGGCCUGCAACCCAAAAAUGCACGGAAAUAUCUGGAGGAGGAGCUAGACAACUGGGCUAAGAUAGCGAUUCAUGGUCACACUGUGGGCUCGAGGCCUUGGGCCUGGGCGGAAAACAACAUUGAAAACCUCAUGGCGAAUAUUGUUGGAGCGAAAAGUGGGGAGGUAGCGCUGAUGAACGGCCUGACGGUUAAUCUGCAUCUCCUCAUGCUGUCCUUCUACAAACCCACUCCAACGCGAUACAAAAUCCUUCUGGAGAGCAAAGCCUUCCCUUCGGAUCAUUAUGCUGUCGAGUCUCAGAUCCGCCUGCGAGGAUUUUCACCCGAGAGCAGCAUGCUGAUGCUGUCGCCCAGACCAGGUGAAGACACUCUGAGAACUGAGGACAUCCUGGACGUCAUCGAGAAAGAAGGCGACGCCAUCGCCAUGGUGAUGUUGCCCGGGGUUCAGUACUACACCGGUCAGCUGUUUGACAUGCACGCCAUCACGAAGGCUGGCCACAAGAAGGGCUGUUUUGUUGGAUUUGACUGCGCCCAUGCAGUGGGAAACACAGAUCUGAAGCUGCAUGACUGGGAUGUUGACUUUGCCUGCUGGUGCUCCUAUAAGUAUCUGAACUCAGGUGCCGGCGGCCUCGCCGGGGCGUUCAUUCACGAAAAACAUAAAGACACCAUCAAGCCGGCGCUGUUAGGAUGGUGGGGUCACGACCUGGCAACUCGCUUUAGGAUGACCAACGUGAUGGAGCUGCAGCCUGGAGUGAGCGGCUUCAGACUCUCAAAUCAGCCCAUUCUUCUCGUCUGCCCUCUGCAGGCCAGCUUAGAAGUGUUUAACAUGGCGAGCAUGCAGUCGCUGCGGAGGAAGUCUGUGCUCCUGACCGGGUACCUGGAGUACCUGAUAAAGGAGUACUACGCAGAGGACCCGGCCCAGCCUCACAAAGCCUACAUCCGAAUCCUCACGCCCUCUGACCCCCAGCAGAGAGGCUGCCAGCUGUCGCUCUCCUUCUCCAUCCCGAUCCGGAGAGUCUUCCAGGAGCUGGAGAAGAGAGGAGUCGCUUGUGACAUGAGGGAGCCCAGCGUGCUGCGAGUGGCUCCGGUGCCGCUCUAUAACUCCUUCAGGGACGUGCAUCGCUUCAUCGAAACACUGGGAAAAGCUCUGGCCGCCUGCAGCAGCAGAUAGACCCAAAGUGAGAAGAAAACAACAUCAGUCAGCAACCACAUCAAGCCCUGUGUGCUGCAAAGUCCUGUCUAUAUGCAACCAUCUUGUUAAUGACAGAUGAAAGUCUCAUUAAAGAAAUUAUAAAACACCAGA